AUGGCAACUCGAUGGGGACUCUGUGGAGCUGGAAAGAUCAGCCAUGACUUCAGUGUGGCCAUGAAGACUCUGCCUCCUGGAGAUCAUCAGAUUGCAGUCAUUGCAUCGAGGAGUAUUGACCGUGCCAAAGAUUUUGCCCGGAAGCAUGGUAUUCCUAAGGUUUACGGCAGCUAUGAGGAGCUGGCCAAUGACACAGAAAUUGACAUUGUAUAUCUGGGAGUGCUGCAUACAGAACACUGGAGAGUUGGCAUGCUAUUUCUCAAGGCUGGGAAAAAUGUGCUGUGUGAAAAACCCUUUGCUAUGAACUCCAGAGAGGUGAAAGACCUCGUUGCCACAGCCAAGAAAAAUCAUGUCUUCCUGAUGGAGGCCAUCUGGUCCCGCUGUUUCCCUGUGUAUGCUGAGGUGCGCAGGCUGCUGGCAGAGGAGGCAGUUGGGGAUGUGAAGCUGGUAAAAGCCUACUUUGGCUCCCCUCAGCUCGACAUUCCCCGAUCAGUGCAGAAGGAGCUGGGUGGAGGAGCUCUGCUGGAUAUCGGAGUGUACUGCCUGCAGUUUGUGUUGAUGGUGUUCAAUGGUGAAAGGCCAGAGUCCAUCCAAGCCACAGGGGUGCUGCUUGACUCAGGAGUGGAUGAAUCAGUGGUUGUGACGAUGAAAUUCUCCAGGAAGAGGAUGGCCUUGUGUGCCUUUUCAAUUGCAGCCCGACUUCCAAAUGAUGCUGUCAUUGCGGGCACUAAGGGUUCCAUUAAAGUUCUUGGCCCCAUGCACUGCCCCACCAAACUGGUGGUGAAUGACAAGGAAACAGAGUACCCUCUGCCUGAGCCGUGUCUCCCUCUGAAUUUUACCAACAGCACCGGGCUGCGCUAUGAGGCAGAAGAAGUGAGGCAGUGCCUGCUUAAAGGACUUAAGGAGAGCCCACGGAUGCCUCUGGCAGAUUCUGUCUUGCUGACGGAGAUCAUGGAUGAAAUCAGGAAACAAGUGGGAGUUGUCUUCAGCCAAGACAGCCAGUGACGCCACUGUCAAGCAGAGCUGUUUCACCUGACCAAAUCCUACUAAGAUGUAACAGAAGGAGUUGCUUGAGGCAGCUGGAAUGAGCAGAUCAAUCAGAGCACCAUGUGACAAAGCAUGGCAGCUGUGAAGGACUCAGUAAAUUUUUGGAAUAUGUAAAUGUUGGUUGCAUUAUUAGGCAGUUUGCUCUCCGUAUAGUCUUUUUAGC